AUGCCACAUUUCCCCUCAAACGCAAGUUACGCAACCAGCCGACUGCCAUACCCGGUACGAUCAUUGCAUGAGGAUUUCCUAGCCGUGUAUAUCCCAUUCGAGGCUAGUGAUCGCAACGGAAGUUUUGGGAUAUGGUUUUCGUUCUCCAGCGACCCGGUUGUCCUCCAGCGACAUAACACCGCUAACACCCAAGACCAGUUCCAAUCCCAUGCCCGAGGCAAGGGUGGAUUUCUUCAUUUUGUUGAGCAUGGAAACGGCCAUUAUUCCAAACACGAGCGUGAUAUAGAUGGUGACGUCAAGAUGGCUGACAUAUUCGAUCGCCGCGACAGCACAAGCGAGACCAUUGAACGAGCCUUGGACGAAAUUUUGAAUAGCAGAAAAUGA